GGGCGGCGGCGGCGGCGGCGGCGGGCGAGGCGGAGGUGGACGGUGUGUGGCGGCGGGGGAGGCAGGAAGAGAGUGAGAGUGGCAAGACUCUAGGGGAGCCGGGCCGGGGGGCCGCCGCCGCCGCCAUGCAGGAAAUCAUCGCCAGCGUGGACCACAUCAAGUUCGACUUGGAGAUCGCAGUGGAGCAGCAGCUCGGGGCGCAGCCGCUGCCUUUCCCCGGCAUGGACAAGUCGGGGGCUGCUGUCUGUGAAUUCUUUUUGAAAGCUGCCUGUGGCAAAGGAGGCAUGUGUCCAUUCCGCCAUAUCAGCGGUGAGAAGACAGUUGUGUGCAAACACUGGCUGCGGGGGCUGUGCAAGAAAGGCGACCAGUGUGAGUUCUUGCACGAGUAUGACAUGACCAAGAUGCCUGAGUGCUACUUCUACUCCAAGUUUGGGGAAUGCAGCAACAAGGAGUGUCCCUUCCUGCACAUUGACCCGGAGUCCAAGAUCAAGGAUUGCCCUUGGUAUGACCGUGGCUUCUGCAAGCAUGGUCCUCUGUGUAGGCACCGGCACACGCGGAGAGUCAUCUGUGUGAAUUACCUCGUGGGAUUCUGCCCAGAGGGCCCCUCAUGUAAAUUCAUGCACCCCCGAUUUGAACUGCCCAUGGGAACCACUGAGCAGCCCCCACUGCCGCAGCAGACGCAGCCUCCUUCAAAGCAAAGUAACAAUCCGCCAUUACAAAGGUCGUCCUCCUUGAUCCAGUUAACGAGUCAGAACUCUUCUCCCAAUCAGCAGAGAGCCCCACAGGUCAUCGGGGUCAUGCAGAGUCAAAACAGCAGUGCAGGCAACCGAGGACCCCGGCCCCUGGAGCAGGUCACUUGUUACAAGUGUGGUGAAAAAGGACACUACGCCAACAGAUGCACCAAAGGGCACUUGGCCUUUCUCAGUGGACAGUGACAGCAGCUGGAGCCAGCUCAGAGCAGCCCAUGGGACCCUGUUGUUGGGAGUGUGCGCUUAACUGCUGAAUGUAGCGUUGGUUCAACUCCGACCAGAGCCAGCAGGCACACUCACUGGGGCUCACUGUUCUGAGGGGCCACAUCUGUUAGUUUCCUAUUAUUUUGCUUUUUUUUUUUUUUUUUUUCCUUACAAAGGGACCUGUGCUUCAGUUGGGUCUCCCAAGUUGACAUCAUGUUUGUCUAGGCAUCAGUGCCUCUUUUCUGAGACUUCCUGCACACCCACCCUAGGGGAGGGAGUAGCUGGGGAGGGGCUUGUGCUCUGAGAAGCCGUGUGUGGAAGAUGGCCUUUUUCUAGGAGGCCUCACAGAACACCAGUUUUGGUGAGCCCCAGGACCGGUGGAUCAUUCAGAGCUGUGGCCGGGUCAUGCCUGCUUCCUCCAUGUCCUGCUGAAUCCUGAAGCUGUGCCUAUCAAAGUAAUUUGAACCAAGGGAGCCAUUCCUGCAAACCCAGUACACUCACUGCCUUAGUCUGGCCCUGGGCCCAGGCAACAGCAGCUGAGAGCGAUGCAGGCCCUCCAGUUUGAGGUUCUUUUUUUCUCCUGGGUGUAUUUUCUCGUGGGGUACCUGCUUGACAGUAUUUAAGGUAUACCUUCAACCAGAGCUGCAGACCACCCUUUAAACAGCUGCCCCAGUCCAUCUGCGCCUACCUCCUGCUGAUCAAGCAUCUAUACUGUCACUCAGACACCUGUGGCAUACAGAGGAGACCGCCCUGUCCUUGAGCCUGGAAAAUGUGAAACCAUCACCUGCAACCUGCUGGGCAAGUGGGCCUAUCCAAGUUCAAUUAUAAGAACAAUUUUUACAGAGUUGAUUAAAGCUUGUUUUUUAA